CCCUCACGCUCGCCGUACGCCGCCGCGGCGGAAGAAGGCGCCGUGUCGGACGCGGCAGAUUCGCCAUAACCCGCCGUUCACCCAGCCGGGUCCCCGCCGCCGCACCGAGUCGCAUAAGCCUUUAUUCACCAAAGCGGGAGGCCCGCGGGACCCCGGCACGCUGCCGUGGACAGCGGACUUUGUUUUUACGCUUCCCCUUUCCGCGCCUCUCGGCUCUGGGCCAGUUCCCCCCCCCCCCGGGCGCCGCCGCUUCCCCGCCGCCGUCAUGGAGGCUACGGCCGCAGGUGAGCGGGGCGGCUCGGGGCCCGCGGAGCGCGCACGGAUCCUUCUGCAGCGCGGCCUCCGCUGACAGGAUCAAUUCCAUCUUCAUGUGUAAGCUUUGUAACUUAUUUUCACCAAAUCAAUCUGAACUGCUGUCUCAUGUCUCCGAGAAGCAUACAGAAGAAGGUACCAGUGUGGAUGACAUCAUUAUUCCUCUCCAACCACUAACAGUACCCACAAACAUCAACAAAGAUGGAGAAGAGCUUCUUGUAGCGAAGAGGAAAAGAGGGAGACCAAAAGGCUCUACUAAGAAGUUUUGUGUGGAUGAAGAUGUGGCAGAAAAUAACCCUGUUCCAAGUGAAGAAACUCUGCCUGGGACAGAAGAAGGAACAGAACUGUCUGAAAUCUCACCAGGAAGCUUAGAAUGUAGGAAAUGCAAUCGGAAGUUCUCCAACACACGUCAGCUGAGGAAACAUAUCUGCAUUAUUGGUUUAAGUGAAGGAGAGGAAGAAGGAGAUGGAGGUAAUGAUUCUGACGUUGACCUUGACAGGAAGGAAGACGAGCGAGAGAAAACUCCAAAGAGGCCCAGAGCUCAGAAAACAGAGAAAACUCCAUCAGUUAAGGAGACUGAGCAGGUUUCAGGAGCUAAAAAUCCUAUUAUAAGUGUGGUUUUGACAGCCCAUGAAGCUAUUCCAGGAGCCACAAAAAUUGUUCCUGUUGAGGCUGCUUCCCAAGAAAGUGAACCUGCAGCUCCAGAGGCAACAGUUCAAGACCCCUCACAACGAAGAGGUUAUCAAGAAUAUGCCAUUCAGCAAACCCCGUAUGAACAGGCAAUGAAAUCAAGCAGGUUGGGUCCAACUCAGCUGAAGAUCUUCACAUGCGAAUACUGUAACAAAGUGUUCAAAUUUAAACAUUCCCUCCAAGCACAUUUGAGGAUCCAUACAAAUGAAAAACCUUACAAAUGUUCAUACUGCAGUUACGCCAGCGCAAUCAAAGCCAACCUUAACGUUCACAUGCGGAAGCAUACAGGGGAGAAGUUUAGCUGCGAUUACUGCUCGUUCACUUGUCUCAGCAAAGGCCACCUCAAAGUCCACAUUGAAAGAGUUCAUAAGAAAAUCAAGCAGCAUUGUCGCUUCUGCAAAAAGAAAUACUCAGAUGUGAAAAACUUGAUCAAGCACAUCAAGGAAACACAUGACCUUCAAGAUAAAAAGGUGAAAGAUGUUUUUGAUGAGCUUUGCUUAAUGACACGAGAGGGCAAAAGGCAACUUCUUUAUGAUUGCCAUAUUUGUGAACGUAAAUUCAAGAAUGAACUCGAUCGAGACCGUCACAUGCUUGUUCAUGGUGAUGAAAGACCCUUUGCUUGUGAGCUCUGUGGUCAUGGAGCCACUAAAUACCAAGCCCUUGAGCUUCAUGUUCGAAAGCACCCAUUUGUAUACGUGUGUUCCGUGUGCCUGAAGAAGUUUGUCAGUUCUGUAAGACUUCGUGCUCACAUCAAAGAUGUGCAUGCAGAUUUGCAGGAGGCUUCUGUUUUUAACAGUUCUAUCAAUCAGAGCUUCUGCCUGCUUGAGCCAGGAGGUGAUAUCCAGCCAGAAGCCCUUGGUGAACAGCUAGCACAAAGUGCAGAUGAGCUGGCUGUCAUGAGAAUCGAUGCUGGUAACGCACCACAACCAUCUGACUGUAAAGGUGAAUCAACAGCUGCGGAUGUAAACCAUAAUGGUCAAUCUAAUGGUGACACAAAAAUUGAUACGACCAUUUCCUUAGCAUUCGAAAAUCCUUUAGCGAAGAAUGUAACAGAGACACCGUGUCAGACAACAGAUGUAGCAGUCCCAGACAUUCAAUCCUGUGUAGCAUCAGACUGCUUUCAGCUGAAAAAUGGUACUUCUGGUCCCGAUGAGUUAAAAGGCUCUCCUGCAAAUGAAGAGGAAGUUAAUCCCAGCAGCUCAGUAAAUGAGCAGGGUGAAGAAGUUCAGCUUUUGCUGUCUGAAGACAAAAGUUUAAUUCCGAGUCAGGAUAAUGCAGUGACUGAGAACCUUUCAGACUCUGAGGAGAGAAAUCAGCCUGUUCCUUCCAGUGAAUCAGAAACAAGCAGUGUGCCAAUUCAAAACGCAGCAGAAACCACAAGCCCUCUGCCAGCACCAGCAGCGAAUGCAGCUGUUGGUCCACAGGGAGCCUCUUCUAAUGCAGCUACACCAGACAGUGGGAGUGGAGCUGUUGCCUUUAUGCAGAUCUUGGAUAGUUUGCAGAAGAGACAAAUGAACACAGAGCUGUGUGAGAGGAUAAGGAAGGUUUAUGGAGACUUAGAAUGUGAAUAUUGUGGCAAGUUGUUCUGGUACCAGGUACAUUAUGACAUGCACGUUCGUACGCAUACUCGAGAACAUUUAUAUUACUGCUCCCAGUGCAAUUACUCUUCCAUCACCAAAAACUGCCUUAAGCGUCACGUCAUUCAGAAACACAGUAAUAUUUUGCUGAAGUGUCCCACAGAACACUGUGACUACUCCACUCCUGAUAAAUACAAGCUCCAGGCACAUCUUAAAGUUCACACAGAACUGGAUAAAAAGAGUUAUUCCUGUCCUGUGUGUGAGAAGUCAUUUUCUGAAGAUCGACUUAUAAAAUCUCACAUCAAGACAAAUCACCCUGAGGUUUCAAUGACGACUAUUUCUGAGAUUCUUGGCAGAAGAGUUCAGCUGAAAGGACUUAUUGGAAAGCGAGCUGUGAAAUGUCCCUACUGUGAUUUUUAUUUUAUGAAGAAUGGGUCAGACCUUCAACGUCACAUUUGGGCUCAUGAAGGUGUCAAACCCUUCAAAUGCUCCCUCUGUGAGUAUGCCACUCGCAGCAAGAGUAACUUGAAAGCCCAUAUGAAUCGUCACAGCACUGAGAAAACACACCUUUGUGAUAUGUGUGGGAAAAAGUUCAAAUCAAAAGGCACUUUGAAGAGCCAUAAACUCCUUCAUACUGCUGAUGGAAAGCAGUUUAAAUGUACAGUGUGUGACUAUACAGCUGCCCAAAAACCACAGCUCCUCCGUCAUAUGGAGCAACAUGUCUCUUUUAAGCCUUUCCGUUGUGCACACUGCCACUAUUCCUGCAACAUAUCUGGUUCCCUGAAGAGGCAUUACAACAGAAAGCAUCCUAAUGAAGAGUAUGUAAACGUAGGUUCUGGGGAGCCUGCAGCAGAAGCCCUGAUCCAACAAGGUGGCAUUAAGUGUCCUGUCUGCAGCUUUGUGUACGGCACAAAAUGGGAGUUCAACAGACACCUUAAAAACAAGCAUGGAAUGAAGCUAGUGGAACAAGAUGGGGAGACCAAGUGGGAGUUAACUGCUGAAGUUUCUGAAGAAGCAUCCACUCAAUAUCUCCAUAUCACAGAGGCUGGAGAAGAUGUUCAGGGCACUCAGGCUGCUGUAGCUGCAUUACAGAACCUUAGAUACACUUCUGAGAAUGGUGAAAGGCUUGAUCCAACAGCUGUAAACAUCCUGCAGCAAAUCAUUGAGUUGGGUUCAGAAACCCAUGACACCACUGCGGUUGCUUCUGUAGUUACCAUGGCACCUGGCACUGUCACAGUGGUGAAGCAGGUAAAAGAAGAGGAGCAAUCAGCCAACCACACUUUGAUGAUUCAAGAGACGCUGCAGCAGGCUUCAGUGGAGUUGUCUGAGCAGCAUCACCUGGUAGUUUCAUCAGAUGAAGUGGAGGGGAUUGAGACAGUCACUGUCUAUACGCAGGGUGGAGAGGCUUCGGAAUUCAUAGUUUAUGUUCAGGAAGCUGUGCAGCCUGUGGAAGAGCAGGCUGUGGAACAAACAGUGCAGGAGCUCUAGAGAACAGAGGAGAUGGCUACUUGAUUUGCCAAAGCCAAAAAAUUGGGUGUUUUUUUUUCCUAGAUGAAAGUAAGCAAACUGACAUUUUUAGUUAAUUUGUGAAGUAAGACCUUGUUACUAGAUAGUGAUCUGACUGGUUAGAUUGUAUCAGUAACUUACAUUAUGUACAAAACCUCCUCGGACUUUCUGUAUAUAAGAAAUCAUAGAUUCACAGAAUGGUUUGGGUUGGAAUGGACCUUGAGGCUCAUUCAGUUCCAGCCCCCUGCCGUGGGCAAGGACACUUUCCGCUAGACCAGGUUGCUCCGAGCCCCAUCCAGCCUGGCCUUGAACACUGCCAGGGAUGGAGCAGCCACAGCUUCUCUGGGCACCCUGGGCCAGAGCCUCAGCACCCUCACAGGGAAGAACUUCUUCCUUAUGUCUAAUCUAAAUCUCCCCUCCUUCAGUUUAAAGCCAUUUCCCCAUGUCUCAUCCCAACCUUCCCUUGUAAAAAGUCCCUCACCAGCUUUCCUGUCGGUCCCUUUAGGUACUGGAAGUCUCCUGUGAGGUUCCACAGGAGCCGGAUUCUCUCUUCUUUUUCUCAGUCUGUUUUCCUAAGAGAGGUGCUCCAGCCCCCUGAUCAUGUUCAUGGCCCUCUCUCUCACUUCAUUCCUGUAAAUCCCCAGAAAGACUGUCCGGUCAAAACCAUGUUAUCCUGUGACAAUAAAACAUCCUAUAAAGGUAACUAGAGUAUCUAGCAAAGUCCACACAUCCCAUUUUAUACAUCCUUAAUAUGUGCUUAAUUCACUGGAAGCACAGUUAUUUUUCUUUCAAUUACAAGGGUUCUUGUUUCUGAGUUCAUGCCUAGAACGUGUUUGCCACGUUGUGGAUCUAACCCAUGCAAAGCCUCAAGACUUUAAUUCGAAACAUACCACAGACGGGCUGCAAUUGUGAGAUGAUCCUUUGAGUUUGGGAGGUAUUUAAAAGCCAUAUGUGAUAAUUCUGGGUACCAGUUCAAUGUCUUUUGUUUAGAUAAUUGAAUAAUGAUAUUCCACUGGAUAAAUACCUGUCCAGUACCAUAUGAUGAAACCAAAUCUGUCAAAUCAAUGAAAUAUUCUUUUGUUAGUGAGAAAAAAAUUAUAU